CUUUUGAAACUUUUAAUUUAUUUAGAGUUAACAGUAAAUUUUUGCUUAUUUUGAACGAUGUGUAACGAUAAUGUGUUGAAAUAUGGAAACAGCGAUAAAUAUAAUCGGGAUAUUUUUGGCUAAAAUGUCAAAAUUUGCAUAUCGCAAGGCUUGUAGAAGGUUAAGAAGGAUGCAAUGGCACAGGUGAAACUGAUGUUUAAGCAAAGUACAGUAGAUUUGAGCCAAGAAUGUCUGUUUGAACUCAAGUGUCUUAUAAAAGCAAACAAUAUUCAUCAUGCUACCCAAUGUGAAAUUUAUCAUAAACGGUUCUUGGCUUUUGCAUGCGAUUCGUCCGAUCUUGGACUGUAUUAUUUGAGAGACUCAUUAUCCUUGCCAGUAAUUAAAAAAAUUCCAUGGUUUCAAAACUCUAGAAAGAAAAUAGCGUGUCUAUGUUUCGAUCCACUUGGCUCUUGGUUACUUAUAGCAAGCAUCGAUGGCUCAUUUUAUAUCAUUCCAGCUAAAACGCUAAUCAAUGAAGUUUAUCCAAGUGAUCAAAAAUGGACAACGAAAGAUAUAACCACUUAUUCUUCCUUGAAUGCUCAAAACUCGUUUGCUAGACCAAGCACAAUAAUAUGGUGGCGAGGUGUAUCCUUUUGCGGUGAGAUAGGCAUUAUUGGUACUGAACAAGGAGAAAUAAUUUUUGUGAAUUUAGAAACUGGACAACAAGUUGGUUCUACCAAAAUUGAUGGAUGUAUCGCUAGUUUUUUUAUUUGCCAAGAUACGGAGCUCGAUACCGUGACAUUAUUAAUAACAAAUAAUUGUAAGGAACAGUGGUAUCUAGUUUUAGAAAAACCAGGUAGUAAUUAUAUUUAUCCUUUAAGUGAUGUUUCAUUACAUCAAUCCAAAGUGCGACAUUUUGAAGCAGAUAACGAUGAAGCUAAAACAUUUCCAACUACAAGAUCAAGAUUACGUGGUCUCAAACAAUUAUCAGUUGAAAAACUCGUUAUUUUAAAGCAAAAACUUGCCGAAUCAAGAAAUCGUAAUUUUGAGCCUUCUACAGCAAAUUUAGAGAAUAGCAAUAAUUGUGAUGUUGGAUCUAAUGACAAUGAAAAUUCUAACGGGAAAGGUCUAUUUUUCAACCAACAGUCCGAGCCAGUUAAAAACAGCACUGUUCCCAUUGCUUUGCCCAAUCAAGCUUAUAUUACUGCUCAGCGAGUGGAUAAUAGCAAAACAAUUUAUACACGAUAUCUUCCUUCUAUAAAUUAUUUGACUAUUCAUAAAUGUAAAUUGUCAUCGCCUCCAUGUCAUGUUCAUAAAAUACCCGAGCAUUGUGAAAGCAUAUUAUUGACAAAUAGAUUUUUUUACAUAUCUGAUACGAGGCAUCGGUUCAUUUAUAUAGUUUCUCGUCCACUAUCGGAAAUUAGAGAAAAUGAUGAAUCCGAUCUUUACAAAGAAUCGAUUGUAGCUCGAUUUUCCUUUAAUAAUAGUGAUGAAGUUAUUAAUAGUAUUUACACAGUAUCUAGCACGAGAACGGAUGAUGAUUGUAUUUCAAAAAAUGAAGAGGAUAAAACGUACCAUAUGGCAAAGAACAUAAAUGAUCUCAAAGUGAAAAUACCUCCAGUGGAUACUUGUAUAGUAGUUACGAACCUUGGCAUCUAUAGAAUUGUAUUAAGGGAACAUAUUUUAUCGCUUUUUAUGGAUUUAAUAUUGAGACGACGAGCGAUUGAAGAUGCUACGAAACUCGGAAUGAUAUUUGGAUUGAACGUGCAACAAUUGAUUGAAUAUGCCGGAGACAUAAUAUUGUGCAAUCGACAGUUUGGUAGAGCCAUGGAAUUGUAUUCAAUUGCUAAAUGCUUUCUGUUAAAAACUAUAUUAAAAUUUGCAUCGCUUGGAUUUACCUCCGAGUUCUUAACUUAUCUUUUAUCAUAUUCUACUACUCCUGCAAGUAUUGACUUAUCGCAACAAAAUAGAAUAAACUUUUCAGAUUUAAGCGUUCUUGCGUUCACUGAGCUUGCACUACGAGCAACUUCUGCACAAAGUAAAAGAAUUUAUAAGGACUUCUUAAACUUCUUAUCGACAAACACUUAUUAUGAUGAAUUAUUUGUUAUACAUACUGCGGCACAAAAUAAAAUGUGGAAUAUAUUACAUCACUUAAUGGUUUAUAGAGGCUUGAGUUGUCAGGUGCUUGAAAUUCUCGUCAAAGCUUUACCAGCCUUUAUGUUGGAAAAUUCGAAUCUUGAUUUGCAUAAAAAUUUAAAUGGUUUGUUAAUGUGCUUAAGCGAUUCCAGUUUAAUUCAAGGUAUGCUGAAUAAUCCCAGUACCGCUAGAAAUCACAUUUGUUUUAUAUUAGCAAAUUUACCAACUCUUCAAAUAUUUAUCUUACAGAGGUUAAUUACACUGUUUGAUCCGACGAAUGCUGCCAUAAGGCCAUUACUUUUACGUUUCAAGGCUCGACGAAGAGCUGCUUCUCGCAGUUCAUUCUCCAGUCAAUGUGAUUCAUUAGAUUUAUCCGAAGAUUUGGAUGAAGUUGGCGUACUUAUAGAAGAAAUAAUAGAUAUAUUUUUACAAACUCUUCUUACUCUACUCCAUAAGAAGCAGCUCAGUAUGAAAUUUCUCGCAAAGAAUGUGCCAUUUACGCAAUUACCUGAUAUCGAAGGGGAUCGAAAGGGAAAAAAUGUUAGCGUAGAUUUUAAAAGGCGCUUAUUAAGCACAGGAUUUGCUCAUACAGCUUUAAUAAGAAAUGGUAAUGUUUAUACAUGGGGAAAUACUCUGCAAGGAUGCUUAGGAACUGGCCCAACGAUGUUGCCGAGUAGUCUGCCGCAGGGUAUCUUCAUUUUCCGUCGCCUAGGUAUCGAGGUACUGUCGGUCUCUUGCGGCCGCUGUCACACCCUUGCCGUCACAAAUAAUGGCGUAUACGCUUGGGGAGGCAAUAAGUUCGGUCAAUUAGGCCUUGGUAAUAUAUACCAGUGCCCCAAUCCAGAAUUGAUAACAUCGCUCGCUCAAGAGAUCAUCGUCGAGGCCAUAGCGGGUGUGCACCAUUCGGCGGCGGUGACUGCGGACGGGCGUCUCUUCACCUGGGGCUGGGGCGUCCACGGGCAAUUGGGCCAUGGUAACACGGAGAACAUGCGCGUGCCGAGUCUCGUCGAAGGCCUCCUCGGACUCCCGGUACGGCAUGCGAGCGUCGGUUACGCUCACACCGUCGUCCUUACCGCCGACGGCUACGUCUACGCAUUCGGCUGCAACCUCUUCGGCCAGCUUGGCAAUCCGAGCGCUACCAAGUGCACGAUCCCGGUCAAGGUCAGCCUGCUGCCCGAGAAGAUCACUCUUAUAUCAACCAAGUACUUUCAUAACCUCGCCGUGAGUUCCACAAAUCAGCUUUACGUUUGGGGUGCGAACCCUCAAAUUCUGAAGAUAAAUAGGAGAGAACGAAAGAUUAAAGAGCAGCAAGCAAAAUCGACGGUCGAGGAAACGUUAAAGAAAGAUAGCUCCACUAAUAACGAGGAAAUAAUCGAGGAGCAAGAUAAUAUUGACAAUGGCGGAGAAUCAAAUGACACUUUGAGCAUCAAUGACAAGGUUACGGCAGCUUCCAACACUUCCGAAGCGGAAAAUAUCUCGGGACUUCACGAUCAUAUGAUACCCGGAUUCAUUGACAUGAAGUUUAUUUACGGAAAAAUUAUUCAGAUAUCGACGGGCUACUGUCACUCAGCACUUUUAACGAAAGACGGUAGAAUCUACACGUGGGGUCGGAACGUGGAUGGUCAACUUGGCACAGGAUUCAAGCGCGAUGUCGAAAUUCCCACGCAGAUGUGUUUCAAUGCCUAUCGCGUAGAACAAUCAAAAGAGAAUAGUGAACAAGCCAAUAAUCAGACGAUAGCACCUAAUAGUGAUAAGUACAAUGCCAAUAGCGAGACGAUCUCGGACGUAAACGUAGAUUUCGAUGCUAGUCAGAAGGAUUUUAAUUAUUUCAAACAGGCUGUGAAGAUUUGCUGUGGAAGCAACUUUACGGUUGCUAUUCAACCAGGUGGAAAUGUGCUGUCUUGGGGAAAUAAUAAUCUAAUGCAAUUGGGCCGAACACCGGACAAGCUGAAACAAUCGGAAGAUAGGAUGAAUAUGGCAUUUCAGUCGUCAAAACGUACUUUUCGUAACAUAACCAGAUUCGAUAGGUUGGAUAAAGUUACAGAAUCGAUGCCUAAUCAAGUUCCAAAUAUUCCCUCGCCAACAAUUUCUUAUCAAAGUUACGACGUGACUCCACUUGCUGGCUCAAUACGACCUCUCAUUAAUAUUGAACACAAUUUGAGCGACUUAACUUUACAUUAUGCAUUAGAACAAUUUCACGGACUUUACGGCAGCUUUAAAAUUCUUAACAAGUGCAUUGAAGUAAAGAAUUAUCAAGCAUGUGCAAAAAUUGAAUUAUUGGAGCAUAAUUUUGUGGAGGCUCUGACUUAUCAAUUUAAAGCUUUGAAGGAAUGCGAUUUAACGAGCUUAGAAUCUUCCUCCAAUGUAAAUUCUUAUGCGGAAAAUUCAUCUGAAAAUUUAAAAGACAAUAAUAGUAUUCUUCAGGAGAACAGUAAACUUUUCGAAAAGCAUGUGGAACAAAACCUCGUAGAUACCAUGAUAGAAAGUGUGGAAAAGCAGAAGAUAAAAAUGCCUGGAAGUAAGUCUUUGGACAGCUUUCAAACAAUUGAACAGGAGCUACAUACGUUUGAUUGCCAAGGUGGUUCUGAAGAUCUUUUUGAUGAUUGUAAGUACGAGAAUAUGUCGUUGGAUAUGACUGCACAAGAAACCUUACAAAAUAAUAAUAAAGAGAAUAGGGAGAGUCCAUUAUCGAGUUUAGAAAAUAGUAUAUCUCAAGAGGACACGUAUAAUGAUAAUUCCUUACUUACGAAUUACAAUGCAUUAGAUUUUAAUCAAUCUUCGACAGCAAAUAGCAAACGUGCCAAAGGGUUUACGUUAAAUAAUCAAGAGUUAAUUAUGAUGCAGCAGGCUGUAAAUAUUGUUGACUUUUAUUUAUAUGAAAUUGAAGAGGACGCUUAUGUUCCCGUCUAUGAAAUGUCGGCGAUCUGUGUUAAUUUUUGGUUAGAAAAUAAAUUUCCUAUAGAAGAAUUAGAAAAAGUAUUUUAUAAGUAUAUGAAGAAAAUAUUUUAUUCCUUGGGUCUACUACUUUUUAGCGAUUCAAGAAAGUGUUCGAAAUCUGAAAAAAAUGGUAAAAACAUCCGCUUUAAAAAUGUUGAGAAAAUUCUUUCCACCGAAUUCUGCUUGAAAGUUUGUUCCUUGAUUAUGGAGCAUAUCGAGGAAGGAAAACCAACUAUAGAAUAUAUAGAAUUAUUAUCAAUGUCAAUGGCAAAUAAUUACGGCCCACCACUUACCGGAUAUCCUGGAACUAGUGAAAAUAAAACACCCGAGCAAAUGAUCGAUGGAAUAAUAAGUACACUGGCUGCAAAGUAUUACGAUCCACGACCUUUUAUACACAUUAAGGAUCCAGAAGUAGUGUCAGAAUUAUUCACAGCUGACGAGGACUCGAUGAUAUUUACGUGCGGUCAUCAAUUUCUUAUGUCCGCUUACCAGUCUGAAGCAAUACCGAGAAUGGAAGCUGAACUCCUCACACUUCGAUCACCACUACCCUCGACCGCACAAUUUCUUGGUUCAGUCUUAAGCCAAACAAAUAAACCCGAAACACUUUGUCCAUUAUGCUUGUCCCAAGUUCUCAAAGACACAGCAAAGAACGUUACGAAUAGGUAAAUUUAUUGUAAAAAAAAACAAAAAACAAAA